AUGGAUCUUCCCCCACCAAGCUUCUCGUUCGUCAUCCCUUCGGUUUAUGAUGGUCGCAAGCUAGAGUGCCGGAUAUUUCUGCCACCCGUCUACCAAAAUAUACAAUCAACGCCAACCUCACAAAUCCAUGGAGCUAUUUUCGCCCAUCCGUAUGCACCAUUAGGAGGCUGCUACGAUGACCCCGUGGUGGACUUUGUCAGUAGCGAGCUCUAUCAUGCAAAUUUUGUCGUGGGGACUUUCAACUUCCGCGGAGCUGGUGACUCAGAAGGACGAACGAGUUGGACUUCCAAGCCCGAACUAGGGGACUAUGUAUCGUUCUACGGAUUUAUGCUGCAGUACUUACACUGCCUCAAGCGUGCACUAGCUCCGAAUGAUCAUUCAGCCGCACAACCUCGCGAAAGCACCGACCAAGAUGGCGGCUUAGAAUAUCCCAAUUCAGGACCUACAGCCCCAAAACCGGAUGUCCAUUUGAUCCUGGGCGGUUAUUCAUACGGAUCCCUGAUCACCUCGCACGUCCCAGUCCUGGAUGUGAUCCUCUCGCUGUUUGAAUCACCGGAGGCUUCAAUAUCCGAGAUAAGGAAUAUCGCAACACGCAUAGCGUCAUCGUCAGUUGAACAAUCCACCGGCCCGACCGACCCAGACCUACGCGCAUUGACAACUUCGAUAUCCUAUCUCUUGGUAUCCCCGCUCCUGCCACCGAUAAGUCAACUCCUCACGAUCUUCACGACCUUAUCAUUGAAAGUGGCAUCCCGAACCAUCCCCUGUCCCGAUCCAGCAGACCAGCUGAGUACGCAUUGUACUUUGGCGCUGGCCGGGAAUCUGGAUAGCUUUGUCUCCGCUGCGAAACUGGAGCGGUGGUCAGACGAGCUGUUGCACAUGCCAGGCAGUCAGUUCCAGUUCCGGAUGGUUGAUGGCGCGGACCACUUCUGGCGUAGGAAUGAGAGGGCGCGGGUUUUGCUGAGGGCGUGGCUCUCCGAGUCUUUUCGCUCCAAUCAGGUUUCCCCAUCUGAUUGA